GAGCGGAAAAUAAUUGGCCCUUGGCAUCGCUCCCCACGCAAAGAGUCCGUGAAGAGAAUGGAUUUGGGAGCGGACCUCGUGGUGCCGGAUAGAAAGACUGGUUUGAAAUCACUGCGGAAACGCCAUCGCAAGUGCAGAUCAAUUUUAAGGAAGCAACAGAGGAGAAAAAGAUUGAAUAACUCAAACAGAAGAAUUAUGGAAUUAAAAGCAGAGAUGGAAGGAAUCAGUCGAGAACAAAAACGCGUCAAGGAGGGGCAGGAAGAAGUAAGAGAAAAACUAAUAAAACUUGGAGCUGAAUGCGAUCAGCUCAGGAAGGAAACAGAAUUCAUAUUUAAACAGAGAGCUGAAACUCAGCUUCGACUCAACCUUAUCUUUGAAAUUUUGAAAGCAAAGAAAGACUGCAACCCCUCCAAAGUCACCAAUCUUGUUAUGCAUCUGCGUGAACUUAUGAGGAAGCAGAACGAGCCACAGUGAUCCUCAGAACUAUGUUAAAGGAUUAAUAAUUGUUACUCUCCGCAUGAGCUGUAACCAAUUAAUACAUAUUCAAAUCAUGGUGUUUUUCCUUUUUUGGACGGAUGCUCCAAGUAAGUUCUGUCUAUUUCUAAACUAAUUUCACCUUAGACAAUCCUAAGGGAAUUCCUCUAUAUGAAUUUAGUACAUUUAAAUAAAAUAAGUUUUUAUUAUGUAAGGUUUAAUAUAUGGUUGUAACUCUUGAUAUAGAUUGUAACCAAUUAAUAAACAUUCAAGCAAUGA